AGCGAGCCAGCGGCGAUGGACAGCAGAUACAGGCCACACACGCCGAGUACGCUUCGCACUGUGCGCUCCUUUGGCGCGCAGCUCGGCUCGACCCUGCCCGAGGAACGCGGAUCUUCCCCGCUCUUUGUCCGCGCCUCCUUUGAGGUUCGGUGUGAGACUGACUGGGGCGAGUCGGUCGCCGUCGUCGGGAGCACUGCCCAGCUCGGGGCAUGGCGGCCAGAGGCCGGCAUGCGCAUGACGACCAAUCAGCGCAUCUACCCGUCUUGGCGGAGCGAGCCGCUCCUCCUCUCAGAGGUGCUCGAGCUCGAGUACAAGUUCGUUGUGAUUGGGCCUGACGGCAACGCGGUGCGGUGGGAGCCGCUGCAGCACAACCGGCGGCUCGCCCUCCAGUCGGCGAGCGAGGUGCGGGUCGUCGCCGACUGGGGCCAGCCGAGCAGCAUGCCGCCGCAGUCGCAGGUGGACCCGCUCUCGCUCGCGCCGCUCACCGGCAGCGUGCUGGGCGCCUCGUCCGUGCCCGCGCCGACCGCGCCCGCGCGGGCGGGCGAGCGAGGCGGCGGGUGCGGCAGCAGCGCGCCGGACCACCGCCAGGCGCCCCGCGAGGCGAGCGGCAUCGCGCCCGCCGUCGACAUGACGGUCGACCUCCCGGCGGGGCGGCUGCUCGUCGUGCAGCAGCACCUGCCCUUCAACGUGGCUCAGGCCGAGGACGGCAGCUGGGGCGGCGAGUGGGACGAGUGGGACUUGCUCGCGACGAACACGCAGGGAGGGCGGCACAUGAUGGGAUCCUUGAACGUGGAGGUGCUCUUCGUCGGCUGCGUCCGCACGCGCGUGCCGCCCGAGGCGCAGGCGGCCGUGGCGGAGAUGCUCGCGGUGUACAAUUGCGUCCCCGUCUUUUUGAGCGACGCGCUGUACGACUCGCACUGCAACGGGUACGGGCCGACAGUGCUGUGGCCAAUCCUCAACAACCAGAUCCCGGACCGGCACGCGGGCGGCAAGGGCGGCGACGGCACGCACGUCUCCUCGCUCUACAAUGCGUACGUGCGCGCCAACGACGCCUUCGCGCACACGAUCCGCUCGGUGCUCCGCGUGGGAGACAUGAUUUGGGUGCACGGCUACAACCUGACCCUGCUGCCGGCGGCGCUGCGCCAGACCAAGCUGCCGGCGCACUGCACCGUCUCCUUCUUCCUCCACUCGCCCUGCCCCUCGCCCGAGGUGUGGCGCGUGAUCCCGCACCGCUCAGAGCUGCUGCGGGGCAUGCUCGCGGGCGACUACGCGCGUCACUUCAUGACGUCCUGCCGCCGGCUGCUCGGCUUGGGCGAGAACGUCGGCGGGCCGACGGGCGGCGGGCUCUGCAUCAACACCGGCUCGCGCCGCGUGUCGCACGUCGGCAUCGACCCGGACGUGCUCAACGCGCGGCUCCGGCUGCCGGAGACCGCGGAGCACGAGGGGCGGCUGCGCGAGCAGUGCAAGGUUGGCGAGCGGAUCGUCGUCGGCGGCGUCGAGAUGCUCCACCCGCUGCAGGGCGCACACAUCAAGCUGCUCGCCUUCCAGCAGCUCCUCGAGAACUACCCCGUCUGGCGCAAGCGGCUCACGCUGCUCCAAGUCUGCUUCCCCGACAAGCAGCGGCCCGAGCAGUCGGCGCAGCAGUCGGCCGAGAACCGCGAGGUGGUCCGCCGCAUCGAGGAGGCGUUCGGACCCGACACCAUCCGCUACUUUGAGGCGCGGCGCUGGCCGAGACCGCCCGAGACUUGCCCGAGAUCGCCCCGGAUACCCGACGCCAACACGCGGCUCGCCCUCUUCCGCGCCGUGGACGUGCUCCUCAACUGCGCGAUGAAGGACGGACUCAACCUGCUCCCGUUCGAGUACAUCCACACCAAGCACUCGCAGCAGGCCUCGGGCGUCGUCGUCCUCUCCGAGUUCGUCGGCUGUGCGCACGUCCUCAACGGCUGCGUCCGCAUCAACCCCUUCAACCUCGAGCACGUCGUCGAGCAGGCGAAGCGAGACGGCCCCCCCCCAGCCCCCUCCCCCCCCCCCCCCGGCACUGUCCGCGCCCGUACAGUCGUCUGA